AUGCAAGAGGCGUACAAGAAGCAGAGCGCUUCUAAGGAGAAAUGGAAGGCGAGAUAUCGGGAAGCUAAGCAGAUGAAGGGGAUUCUUCAACGGGAGAUCAGCGCCCUCAGCGAUCCUGACAAUCAACAUAUGGGGAACGCCGCCGACGAAAGAUUUGGCUGGUUCAAAACCCAAAUAGAGUCUCUCGAGAAGGAGUUCGUUGCCGAGCGUAAGAAGACAGAACUUCACCAUAACGCAGUCAUUGCUACCGAACUCGCCAUCAAGAGCUCUGACACGCGGGUCAAUUUCAUGCAAGAGCGAUGCCGACAAUUGACCUCCGAGCGCAUCGAGGCUUGGGAAGAAAGCAACAAGCUCCGAAAAGAGGUCGUAGCUCGUGAAGAGAUGAUCAGCCGACACGAAGCUGGGGACUCCAACGCCUACUCCCUACUCACUACUAUCAAUUCGGCCGUCGCUGCCGCAAACUGGUUCAAUGGGUUCACCUGGAAAGCCACCGACGGACUUCCAUACGAUCCACUCGUCGUCAUUACAGAGCUUCAGGACGCUUACCUAGUUCAGUGCAAGUUAGUCGAACAGCUUGUCAACUCGAAUCUAUGUGAAGAGAAAGAUGCUGAAGAGAAAUCUCGAAAACUUGAAGUCGCUCAUGAGAAGAUUCGAGAACUGGAGGCAGCGAUCGAAGCUAAAGAUGCGUGGAUCGAAGAGGUGGUCGCGCGCAAUUCGCAGCUGGACGACAUCGUUUCGCAGUGGGAGCUCAAAGAACGCACCGCUCAUGAAAUGAUUGACAUCAUGAAGCCCAUGUACGAAAACUUCCGAUUGCGCUUCCUAUACUACAAGGGUCGAAACGUAGAGCUCGAGAGAGCUCGACAGAACUUUUGGCGCCACAGCUCGGGUAUGGUUGAUAUGGGGCUUGAGACACAGGCCCGAAUUGAUAGUCUUCAGGACAGAGUCGAUCAAUUGACCGAACAGCAAGAGCCUCUUUACACACAAAUGUAUGACACGACAAAGAUGAUGAAGAUGCAGGAAGUCGAUUACGAGAAGAAGGUCAACGUGCUUGAAAAGGAGCUCAAAAGGGAGAGUGAUAAGCUAGUCGCCUUAGCCGAGCACAUUCGGGCAUAUGAGCCAGAAUUCAACCUGAACUCAAUGGAAGUCCAUACACCGCCGGAAGAAGACAGGAUGGAUGGUCCUCUGGAGCCUGAUGCGAUGAGAGACCCCGCUCUUCGGCAAAUGGACGAAGCAGUUGAGCGAAUGCACGUGCGUAGGACGGCAAGGACGGACGGGGCAAUUCCUCAGGAAUUGAUUGACAAACAUAUUCCCGAGGGCAUGGAAAACUUCGUUGAAGACUACCGCAGCAACGAAGAGUUUCACCUUGACCAGGCCGGCAUUCCACACCCGGACUAUAUCAACCCUGCAGACAAAGUCGACUCGUUUCAGCUCGAGAGGCCUGAGCGAGUGGUUCCUCGGAAUAGGCCGUUUGUGCUGAGUGAAGAAGUAAGGCGAGGGCUGUUGGUAGAGUAUUGGCAAGAUCAUGUUCAAGAAUUGGAGGAACACGCCGACGAGGAGCUCUAG